CAGUAGGCCCGAUUUCGAAACCCCAGAGAGCUCCGCGCGAUUGGGCUUAUUUCUGUUCCAUAUAACAACCUCCUCAUUACUAAACAAAUCAAUUCUACGAUCAGCCUGGCUAUUGACUAAUUCGACCAGGGCAAGUAUGGGUCCAUCAAAAGGGCAAGAGCAGAUGUCCAAUUCUUGGACAAUCUAUGACAACAUCGAGCAAUACAGGGGUAAAGUCGCUCUUAAAGAGCGUGACCACAGGGCCUACUUUGAAAGUUCUCAGUUCAAGAAAAGGCAGCAUGAAGAAGAAAUCGCAAUACUCAGACGAGAUAACAAAGACACGAGAGCGACCCUUGCACAGAAAACACUCAAGGGGGACGCCAGGGUGAUAACACAAGCUUUGUCGUGUCGGAAAGAGGAACAGCUAGCCCUUCAACGUAAAACAGCCGAGGUUGGUACAUGA